UAAAAAGCCGGAAGUCCAAUACAUCCAGGGCGAAGAUGAAUUUUGAGAGCACUGAAUCUCUCCCCAUCCUCCAGGGGACCGCUGGGACUAAUUCUCUUGGCAAACUCGUGGCCAGCCAAACUACCAUGCUCCACAUCCCUGUUAUCCAUGGUUACCGCCCAAGAUUGGCUAGUAGAAGAGAUGAAAUGUGGUCUGGGUCUGAUGGACGAUAUGACUAUGAAAGACUUCCAAGAGAACGAGCAGCCCCUCGAAGUCAUCCCAGUGAUGGCUACCAUAGAGUAGUUAAUAUUGUGCCAAAGAAACCACCACUGCUAGAAACACCUGGUGAAGGAAGCUACAAUAGAUAUUACAGUCAUGUUGAUUACCAAGCAUAUGACGAGGGCCGCAGUUUUUCUCAUGAUCGAAGAAGUGGUCCAUCUCACAGAGGAGAUGAUUCUGGUUAUAGAUGGCCAAGAGAUGAUCAUUCCGGAAGUCGCCAACCUGACUACAGGGAUGUGAGAGAUGGCUUUCGAAGAAAAAGUUUCUAUUCUUCCCACUAUACCAGAGAGCGGUCUCCUCAUAAAAAGGACAAUCCCUUUUUCAGAGAAUCACCUGUAGGCCGAAAGGAUUCUCCACACAGCAGGUCUGGGUCCAGUGUCAGCAGUAGAAGCUACUCGCCAGAAAGGAGCAAGUCGUACUCUUUCCAGCAGUCUCAACGUAUAAAGUCCAUGCGUGCCGGUGCCUCCUACAAACGACAGAAUGAAGGAAAGCCAGAAAAAGGUAAAGAGAGACCUGUUCAGCCAUUGAAAACUUCAAGAGAUACUUCCCCCUCAAGUUCAGCAGUCUCUUCAUCAAAGGUGUUAGACAAGCCCGGAAGGCUCACCGAAAAGGAACUCGCUGAGGCUGCAAGCAAGUGGGCUGCUGAAAAGCGAGAGAAGGCAGAUGAAAGUAACCUACCCGAAAUCGCUGAGUAUGAGACGGGACCCCCUGCACCAUUGUUCAUUGACCAACCAGAAGAACCUGAGUCAAAUGCAGCAGAUGGCAUAGAACUAUUUGAAGACAGUCAGCUAACCAGUCGCUCUAAAGCGAUAGCAUCCAAAACCAAAGAGAUUGAACAGGUUUACCGACAAGACUGUGAAACGUUCGGGAUGGUUGUGAAAAUGCUGAUUGAAAAAGAUCCUUCAUUAGAAAAGUCCAUACAGUUUGCCUUGAGGCAGAAUUUACAUGAAAUUGGUGAGCGGUGUGUUGAAGAACUCAAGCAUUUCAUUUCUGAGUAUGAUACUUCGAGCCAAGGUUUUUGAGAGCCUUUUAAGAAGAUUUUUUUUGCUCAAACUAAAGGAGGUUUCUAUAUUUUACCCCCUUGGAUUGUGUAAAUCUUUAAUAUAUGGAAUUUUGGGGGAUGAAGAGAGAUACUUUAUGAGAGUUGACCAAAUUUCCAAUGUCAAAUAAACUUCUAAAAUAGUUUAAGGUAUUUUCAUUAGAUUUUUAAAAUGUACAUGUAGAGACUCCUAAUCUGAACUAUUCCUGCCCUUUGUUUCCCCCUAAAAUGAUGUGUCGAUUUUUCAAGCUUAGGAACAAGCUGUUCUAGAGAACAGCUUUCUAUACUUACUCAUGUCUACAGUCUUCCACAGCGUCCAGUUGUUUGGUUCCAGGUGUGGAAUUUACAAGUUGGAGAUCAGCCCACACCAGUAGUCUUUUAUGCAUUUCAUAGUGAACAGUACCAUGGGAACAUGUUACAAUUCUGAGUUGUGGUUUAAAUGACUCGUUACUUGGCUUAUUUUGGGCUUUGUAACUUUUAAAUCUAUUGAUGUAUACUGUCCGAAUAAAUGGAGAAUUUGCUAACUUAGAUGAUACUUGCUUUUAGAAUAAUUCUCAUUCUGUCAUUAAAUUAGAAACUCUUUCAAAGGCACUUUAGGAUAAAACCUUUUGGUUGCUGCUGCUCUCCACUGAAUUACUCACUGUAUGUCCUCUUUUACAAUAAUCCUGACUACCCUCACUGGUGUGUCAUACAUAUACAAUAUGUAAAAGACUAGGGGCAACAGAAAAGGAAAGGCCAUUGGGAAUGAAAGAUGAGGUGAGGCAUAUUCUGAAUUUUGGAGCGUAUACUUUUAUUUUCCCCAUAUGUCCAUACUCCUCAUCUCAAGAAAUAAGAGAAUUGGUAAUAUGUCCAUCCAAGAGUGAUCCAUUUACAGAUUCUCUGUUAAUCUCUAUUUGUAGUCCUGUAAAUCCCCCUUUCCACUGCUUUUUGUACAGUGGCCUUUUGCAAAUGCUCUCAAAAAGAACUGUGCAGAGGGGUUAAUAAACCCAGCCGUUUAUGCCCCAUCAGCAGUCUCCAUAAACAGUGCUUCAUGAGUGCACUGUCCAAAUCACGAGUUAGUUAAGAAUCUUAACGAGUGGUUAAAAUAUUCUGCUCAUUUCCUGAUCACUUCCAGCAAUCUAGUGGCCCUUAGCCAAAAUAUAUACUUUUGUGGCAUGAGUUAGUGAGGAAACUUUAAAGAUCAUGUUUGUUGUGACUAUCCAGUUUCAUUACCCUCCCAUCCUCUUUCCAUUUCCCCUCUCUUUACACUUCAUUUCUGGCACUAUAUUUGGUGACCUCUAUUGAGAAUAUCUAAUGAACUACCCUGGAGUAAGGAAAGAUGCACAUUAAAAGUAGAAAUAAUUUUUUGACAGAUCCUCUAAUGGAUACCUCAAAAUAUGUAGUAUGUCACUUCACAAAUAUAAAAACCAAAGGAUAUCAAUUAGUUUACAUAUUUUCUUAAAUUAGAUCAACUUGAAUUUUUAUUUUUGCCAUUUAAAUGCUGGAUUUAACUUUUAUAAAGCAGAAGCCAAUAUUCAAUCCCCCAUAACUGAUACUUUUCACUGAGAGCAGCAGGGAUUGGUUAACCCACUUAAAAGAAAAAAAGAAGCUGAUUCCCCUCUCCCCUACCACCCCUGCCCCACUCCUGGUAUUUUUCUACUUUUCAAAUAUUCUAAUUCUAAUUCCAGGAUUAGGUCCCCUUAGUCAAGAUGCCCCACAUUUAAAAACAACUUUGAGAAACUACCCUAAGAGCACAGAAAUGUUCACUUUGAUGAAAUUCAUUACAGACUUGAUUUAUUAACACAUGCAUUUAAAGAGUAGGGUCAACCAAUAAUAGCUUACUGUCCUCUCCCCACCUCAAGUUACAUUCAGUAUGGAAAGCUGUGUAGAGCUUGCCUUUAGCAUUAUUUUGGUAGGCUUGCAAGUGUUAAAUCUGUUAUUUUUGUUAGUUUUUUUAAAGUCUAAUUUUAGGAUAGACAGCUUCAGGUGCAUAGCAGACAGCAUGUUUUGUAACUUGUUUUUGAUUAAAAAAUGUAGCUGUACAUGAUCCCUUGUUUGUCAGAGUAUCCCCAAUUGAUGUGGUAAAUUUUGCCUUGUUUUUCCAUAAAGCCUUGAUGAUCAACAGAGGGAAGCCGAUAUUGUGAAACAUUUUGUGAAUUUAAAAGUAUAAAAUAAAACAUCGGGAUUUAAAUAA